UUGCGCAGAGCGCAGAAGGGCUUUGGUCCUGCGGCUCAUUGGGCGAUCAGCCCAAACGGGAGCACCGUACAGGGCUAUACUCCGACAACAUUUCGGAAAGAUGCUGUAGACCUAGAUGAGGUGCCAACAGAGUUAUAUUCUAAAUCUGACAAUAGAAGAUUUAAUAGAUUAAUGUGCAAAACUGAUUUAGUUCAAUGGUAUAUACACGAAGAUGGGAAGAAAGUGGAAGAGGAUACUAAGAGAGCAGUAAAACAGUUGUUCGACAAUAACCAAGAUAGACUUGAAAAAGUUUUCAAUUAUAAUUGGAUGAAUGCCAAAUUCAAAAUUGGAAAUAUCAACCUUUCAAGGGCUCUAGUUCCGGUCAACCCAAAUAACAUAGAUAUACCCAAGGAAUUAAUUAAGCCAACAAUCCUCCAUUCUCUGGGUUUGAGUAAUCUAGUAGAGUAUGAAAAUAUCCCCAAAUACUACUUGGACCAAAUACAAAAAAUAGUAGCAGAAAGCAAUUUAGAUGUGAGAAAGAUCCCCAGCUUACUUAAUUAUAAUCAAUCUCAAAUUGAUAAGAGGUAUAGAUAUUUGCCAAUAUUAUCGGGAUUAACACUGGAUUUUAUCUACAUCACUCACGCUUUAGUUCAACCACAAUAUAGGGUCAGUAAUUUGAUGGAAUAUACGUCUCAAGAAAAGGGACAAAAUGUUAUAUUAACCUCAAUAUGCAUUAAUUUGAUAAGACACUGUCAAGAGAGAGAGAAAUCCCCUACCACAAAUUAA